AUGUCACACCCACUACAGCAAUACGCCCUGCCUUUACACCAUGAUCGGAAGAACGACAAUAGUGACUCGUCGCAGGACAGUGGCGCAGAUACGCCUCGAGCCGAGGACACGCUGCGAAGAAAGACACCUAAGGGCACUCUAAAUGCUGGGUAUGUGGGUACGGCCGAGUACUCGAAUCCGCAAAAGCAUCAGCUCAUGUUGAGUGAGAGCGCUUUCGCGCCACCUUCCUAUAGCUCAAGCAUGCCCAACAGACGUACUUUUCUACAACACCAGCAGCAACAACAUGCGCUAUCAGGCCACACCCUCCCGACUGGCCUUGGCUGGCACAGCUCCCAGUAUUCUCACCCACACUCUCUGCCUGUCAUGGACUCCAUGCUCAACCAGACACCCAUGUCUCAACUGAACGUGCAGCAUUGGUAUGGACAAACCGUGCCCAGUGUACUCCAACCAUCGUUCCAAUACCUGGGUCCCACUGCUUCUGGUGGGCAAGGAUCAGGUCCCUAUGGCCCUUACUGGCAUGAUGGUACAUAUGUUCCAUACAGACCGGCUGCCAUACGCGAUCCACGCUUCUACCACCAGUCUCAGCAACCGCCAAUGCGAUGGCCGGGCUCCAUGCCAGAGCCCCAUUAUGCACGUCAAGCAUCUUGGCAAUCACAUCCAUACGGCAGCUCAUGGUCAUCAAGUGGUGCUGCCUUUCCUCCGCCUCAUAUACCAGCAUUUGGACCAUCUCCUCAGCCACAUUACACCGUACAUCACGGUAGCUCCGCCUGGCCUGUCACUGCUGCAGUACCACUUGAUGAGAACAGCGAGUAUGGACCUGCCUCAACGAGUGGCCAGCAACGGGAUACAGUAUUUGCCUGGGCACUGCAACAAUACAGAGAUCUACUAGGUUUCAUCCACCACACGAGACGGCAGCAACAACAAGGCCGUUCAGUGGCUGGCGGCCAGCAACACCGCCCCGCCUUCUAUCCCAAACCUCCCAAGCCAUCAUACGGUGCGACGCGGCCAACUCGGCGUCGGACUGUGUCGGAUGGGCACAAGCAUCCUCUACCUACGAAUAGUGACGAAGCAGAUGCCACGUCAAGCUCCCAUACCUUGAGUAACAACUCAACACCCCGACAGCGCUCGCCAUCCGCCUGGAAUCCCAGCGGGGUACAGAUGCAGGAUAACGAGUAUGAGCGCCGAAUGUCGAGCGAGCAAUGGAGUAGCGCAACUCAGCAUCAAGCAUGGCCACAUCAGGCACAACAAGAUCGUUUCCGAACACUUCGACGUGUUUCCGGCUCAACUGUACUGCCAAUAAUCUCCCAGCCGCCACAGGACGACUCGCCGCACUCCAGAGCCGCCGUUGCGCUCACAUCCAUGACUAGGCUCUGUCAAGAAAGCGAUUGGGACUGGGCAGAUGGCAUGCUCCUCGGCGGAUGUCUUGCAUAUGGUCUUGGUAAUUACCAGCAAGCCCAUAGGUGGUAUUCGAAGGUACUCGAGAAAGACUCGAAACACCUUGAGGCGCUCUCAAAUCUUGCAGCAACGUUGCUUGCCCUAGGAAGACGAAACGAAGCGGAAAAUUACUGGACGAAAGUCGUGAAGGCUGCUCCGAAUCAUUUCGAGGCUGUAGAGCAUCUGGUAGGGCUGCUGUGCAACGACCAACGAAGCGCGCAGGCGAUCAAGGUCAUUGAAUACGUCGAGAACUCGUUGAAGCGCGACAAAGACUCCGACACGCUCAAAUCACUGGACCGACGAAGCGAAAGUUCGGCUUCUACAGCGAGCCGUUCACCAUGCAUCUCGGAGCUCUCUGAUAGCAUCGCGUAUGAUUUCGAUGGCGAUGCGGACGACUUUCCCACCAACUGGCGUGACAAUCCUUCCUCUUCGGAACCAGGCUUCGGGUCGAGCGGCUUUGCAGUUGCUGGUAGCGAAAAUGGACGCAUGCUAGCUCUAAUACAUGCUAAAGGCAACAUGCUAUAUGGGCUUGGCGAGAAUGCCAGCGCAGCUCGUGCUUUCGAGGACGCUGUGCUUAUAGCAGCUGGGAGAUAUCACAAUAGUAUCCAUGGUCUGGUUGGCCACAUACUCGGCAUGGUCUCACUAAAAGCUCAGCAUGGUGGCAAACAACCUAUAUCCAUGGAGCCUGUGCUGCUGGCUCCCGAACAAGCCCUCGCUACUGCAAGUCUGUGCUUCCCGGAUCAGGGUGAGCUACCAGGAUUGCAGCAUGUGCCGGGAGAAUUUCAGAGUCUCGCUCGCAAAGCGGCUAUUUCCACAACGAGCAACGCACUUCUAUCGCUGGCCAAGAUCUUCCAAGAUGGCAUGUCCGGCUCCGGUCGCUCCACCUGCAUGACUGCGCCGACAUACGGCGUCCGAGAAAUUCUCGGCUUGUACUACCUCUCGCUCUCCUUGCAGCCAAGCCCUUCGACAGCGAACAACGUUGGCAUUCUACUUGCUAGUGUGCAGCAGGUAGUGCAACCAUUUCCAAGCCCACUCAAGUAUGAUAUCCCUGGUGUGAUCCCAGGAAGCGGUAUUGCGCUGGCUCUCCAGUACUAUAACUACGGCUUGCAGCUUGACCAGAAUCAUGCUCAUCUUUACACGAAUCUGGGCAGUCUGCUGAAGGACAUCAAUCAGCUGGACGCAGCUAUCAAUAUGUAUGAACGUGCCGUCAAGUGCGAUGGAAAAUUCGACAUUGCACUUGCGAAUCUUGCAAAUGCUGUCAAGGACAAAGGCAGGGUUGGAGACGCUAUCGUCUACUACAAACGAGCUGUGGAAGCCAGCCCAGACUUCGCUGAAGCGGUAUGCGGAUUGGCCAAUGCACUCAAUUCGGUUUGUGGAUGGCAAGGUCGAGGUGGUAUUGCGGCAGAUGAUGGUAGGCGUGAUCGGUGGCACGUGGACCAACAUGGCAUGCUACUCGAUGCUCGACUGCCAGGUGCCUCUUCUUCUGGCUGGAUCAAGCGCGUGGUCGAUAUAGUCGAGAAGCAACUUGUUGACGGCGAACGAUGGGGCUGUGGUACGCUUACGCAAUCGAUCAUGGAGGACAUGCUGCAGCAGAUCCUGCCGCGUGAUGGGUCUGAUAUUGAUGGCAAAGAGCGCGUGGCAAGCACCCGCAAGGUACUGAAGGCGUGGGCUGGUCACCGAUGGGAGGGCGCUCGUGUCACAAGGCUCGUAGAGCGCGCUACACGUCGCAUAGGCUGGCAGUGGUAUCAAGACACCUAUGUCAAGCAGAAGCCACGACCAGCUAGCAGCUACACCCGGCCGCAGCUGCCAGCGUCGCUAACAGUGCCUACAGCUCCGACUGUACUGCCCUUCCAUACUUUCACUUGCCCUAUGUCAGCGAAACAGAUCCGACUGAUCUCACAAAGGAACGGAAUGCGCAUUUCGGUGUCUGCAUUGCGAGCGCCGUGGUUACCAAAGCAAGUCUACCCACCACCAAAACCGCCGUCAACACGCCUGAGGGUAGGCUAUCUCUCCUCGGACUUCAACAACCAUCCACUGGCGCAUCUAAUGCAAUCCGUCUUUGGCAUGCACAAUACUGCGCGGGUAAAGGCAUAUUGUUAUGCGACUACUGCUAGUGACAAGUCCGUGCACCGUGAGCAGAUCGAGAGCGAGGCUCCAGUCUUCCAUGAUGCGAGCUCAUGGUCAGUUGAGGGACUUGUCAACCAGAUCGUGCAGGAUGGAAUUCAUAUUUUGGUCAAUCUCAACGGCUAUACUCGGGGAGCACGCAACGAGGUAUUCGCUGCCCGGCCUGCGCCAAUCCAGAUGUCUUUCAUGGGCUUCGCUGGCACGCUAGGGGCCGAAUGGUGUGACUAUCUUCUCGCGGACGAGACUUCGAUACCGCCCGACACCCUGAGACCUUGGCGCCGCAAUAUCGAUCUCGAGGACGUGAUGGUGGACGGGCAGACUGGUGGAGAGCAAGAGGACUGGGUCUAUGGAGAGAACAUCAUAUACCGCAGGGACACUUUCUUCUGCUGUGACCAUAAGCAAAGUGCGCCGGGUGCUCACGACAAAGCGUUGAGCUGGGAUGAGGAGCAGAAGGAACGAUGGAGGAUGCGAAAGGAGCUUUUUCCACAGGUCUCUGAUGAGACCGUCAUUUUUGGCAACUUCAAUCAGCUCUACAAGAUCGAGCCAACGACGUUCCGCAGUUGGCUUCGAGUUCUAGCUCGUGUUCCCAAUUCAAUCCUCUGGCUUCUACGGUUUCCCGACCUUGGCGAGUCGCAUUUGCUCGCAACAGCACGACUUUGGGCUGGACACGAGGUGGCAUCUCGGGUCAUCUUCACUGAUGUGGCUCCCAAGCAUUUGCAUAUCUCCCGAGCACGGAUAUGCGACGUCGUGUUGGACACCGCCGAAUGUAACGCUCACACAACAGCAGCAGACGUGCUAUGGAGUGGCACACCACUACUCACCUUGCCUCGAUAUUCAUACAAGAUGUGUAGUCGAAUGGCAGCCAGUAUAUUGUUGGGCGCACUGCCCAAAGACGAAGAAGGUGCACGAGCCGCAAAGGAGCUCGUUGCGGCGAACGAGGACGAUUACGAGGAGAAAGCUGUGGCACUAGCGAAGUCGACGACGUAUCCAAAAGGAUGCAAGGGCAAAGGCACGGGUCGAUUGAUGGAUCUCAGGAAAAUGUUGUACUAUGCGCGCUGGAACAGUGCUUUGUUCGAUACUCGACGAUGGGUCCGGGAUCUGGAGGAUGCUUACGAUAUUGCGUGGUCCCGAUGGGUGAAAGGCGAAGGUGGUGAUAUUUGGCUCAAGCAGGCAGUAAGAAGUGCUUGA